AUGGCAGAGUCAAGGGGCGCUCGCAUCCGGAGUGCACGCCGGUCGAAGACGUUCAGGAAGCGACGAACGGCCCGAGCGCCGAGCCCAGAUGAUCCGUCGGGGAAGUCUAGUCCGAAUGACGACGAUGAUGCUCGCUGGAACUCGAAGAAAGAGGACGACCCUGAAGAACCCAAGCGCAGCAUUCCGAAGAGCGAGCCACUAGGCCGCGUUAGGCGUAUCGCUCCGCCGCCGAAGGAAGGUGACGCCCGGGAUGCCAACGGUGCGCUGAAGCUGACACAGGAUAUGCUGACCCGAAUGAAGCUCCGUCAAGACCAGAUGACUCUGAACGUUGAGCGCGCCUUCACAGCAAUCCAGUCGCUGGCUCAACGGGCUAUCGCCCAGGAGGAGCGCCUCGCCCGGAGCGGGGAGGCCCAGAAGAGUCCGAAACCGGAGUUCACUGUGUCGUCCCGCAAAGGGUCGAGAAGCGCACCGCUAGGUGCGCCCUCCGAGGUGUCGUCGUCGCCUGCCGUUCCAUCGCCGGAAGUGCUCAUGCGCCAGGCCGAGGAAGCCGCACUCGCCGAGCUUGAGCGUCGCUGUGAACAGCGGCAAGCCGAGGUCGAAGAAGAGAAGAAGGCUUGGACAACCGACAUCGAGCGUACCCUGAAUGUCAAGUUAGCGUCCUUCCAGCAGAAGAUUUGUGACCUGGAAGACGCACGCAAUCGGGAUCAACCUACCAUCCGGAUUCUCCGGAAGGCUCCGGAGACUCGUUCGCGCAACCUUCCUGCGACAUCGUCCCAGGUUCAAGGAGCUGAAGGGUCGCCUUUACCUGACCCAGCAACCCAAAAUUCUGGUCGCGCAACAUUGCACCCACAAUCGGAGAAGUGA